AUUUUCCUUUCAUUUAGUCUUUACUUCUUCAGCCCCCAAAACCAGAGGUAAAAAAGCUGCAGAGUGAGUAACAGAAAAUGGUGCAACGGCUAACAUACCGUAAAAGGCACAGUUAUGCCACCAAAUCCAACCAACAUAGGGUUGUCAAAACCCCAGGUGGGAAGCUGAUUUACCAGACUACAAAGAAGAGGGCUAGUGGACCUAAGUGCCCUGUUACUGGAAAAAGAAUUCAAGGGAUUCCUCACUUGAGACCUGCUGAAUACAGGAGGUCCAGAUUACCUAGAAACAGAAGAACUGUGAACCGUGCUUAUGGUGGUGUCUUGUCAGGCAGUGCUGUACGUGAAAGGAUCAUAAGAGCCUUUUUGGUUGAAGAACAAAAGAUUGUGAAGAAGGUUUUGAAGAUCCAGAAAGCCAAGGAAAAGCUAUCAGCCAAGGCCUAAGUUUGUUAUCCUGAUGAUGUCAUGAGAGGAAUUUCAGAUACUGCAGGCUACUAGGAAUCGUGUAUUUUGAAUUUUGGUCUUAAGAUUUGUAUGUUGCUCGUUUUUGUUAAAAUACGAUAUUGGAUGUUUCUCUUCAGUUUGUCGAAAUAUCUGUUCUGCUAGGUGUCUGUUUUUUUACCUGUUCUGGAUAUUUAAACCGAUGGAUAUUUGCACUUCAAUUCAACUAGGCUAUUUGUUCCA